CCGAUUUCAUAAAGAAACAUAAAGGUUACUUUAACUUUAAAUGAUACUUUAAUAAAUAUUUUUGAUUUCAUAACCAAGUUAAAGUGUCCUUUAAGCCAAAAACGUCCUUCAAAGUUAAAGUGUCGAUUUCUCUACUUCAACUCGCUAAAGUGUCAUUUAACUACAACAUAACCUCAAUUUUAAUAAUUGUUAUUUGUUGUGCUACUCGCUACGUUUGCUAGUUUUGUGUUCGUUUAGCCAUAAUAAUCAUAAAAAUAUGAAUAAUUUUGAAACGUCUAGCUCAAGUUCAUCUGAUGAAGAAUUUAUUUAUACUAGAAGACCAAAAGUGUAUAGGAAAAGAACAGACUGCUUCGAAAAAUAUGAUGAGCUUGACUUUUACCAACGUUUUCGCUUAAAAAAACAAACUGUUUUGUAUCUACUAGAUGAAAUAAAAGAACAAAUUCAGUUACCUACUAAUAAAGGUGGGUGCAUUACACCAUUACAACAAUUAUUGUUGACUUUAAGAUUCUACGCAUCAGGAAAUAUGCAAAUAAUCGUAUCAGAUUUUAUGGGAGUGUCUAGAAGUUCAGCUAGCAGGAUUAUCAAAAAGGUGUCUAUUGCUAUUGCCUCACUAGCCCGACAACACAUUCGCAUGUAUGAAAAUAAAAGGGAAUUGGAAGAAGCAGUUGAAAAAUUUUAUGAAAUAGCUUCAUUUCCCAAGACCAUUGGAGCAAUUGAUUGCACAUUAGUUAAAAUUGAUUCUCCCGGUGGAAAUGAUGCAGAAAUAUUCAGAUGUAGAAAAUCUUAUUUUGCAUUAAAUGUUCAGACAGUAAGCGAUGCUAAAUUGAAAAUAAGAGAUAUUGUUGUGAGAUGGCCAGGAUCGGUGCAUGACCAAACAAUUUUUAAUAAUAGCAGUUUAAAGCAAAAAUUUGAAAAUGGUGUAUUUGGUCAGUAUAUGCUAAUUGGUGACAGUGGAUAUUCUCUAAAGCCAUAUCUUAUGACUAAGUUACAACAAACUAGAACACCUGCUGAAAAUUUAUACAAUGAGUCUAUAAUAAGGACUCGAAAUGUAGUAGAGCGUCAAUACGGUUUAUGGAAAAGACGAUUUCCCGUUUUGAGGUUUGGCAUGAGACUAAAACUAGAAACCACAAUGGCAGUAAUAGUCGCAACUGCAGUUCUUCAUAACAUUGCCAUUGAUAUGAAUGAUAACUUUACUGAAGAAGAUGAAAUAGAGGAAGACGAUGAGGAUGUAUUACCCCCCAUGGAAAAUAAUCCAAAUAUAGCAGAAAAUAUAAGGAAUUUGAUAAUUAAUGAACAUUUUGCUAGAUUGUAAAUACUAAUAAUAAUUAAAAAUCAGUUUUAUGAAACA